UUCCUACCGUACUCCAAUUCCAGUUCUCGGUUCCCGUAAUCGGUACGCGCACACAUCCCGCCACCAUUCCCCACUCCUGAUCGCAUCCUAGCCGUCGAUUCGGCGAUCUACGCCGUGAACGCGAUGUGGCGCUGCCGCCGUCUCCAGGAGAUGAAGCGCCUCUUCCGGUGUGUGGAGGCGCUCGCCGCCGUCCUCCUCCUCUCCUGGUCCUCCGCCCGCCUCCCCGCCGCCGCCCGCCUCUCCGGCGACCUCCUCCGUCGCCUCGCCGCCCUCCUCCUCAGUCCCCGCUUCGUCUUCCUCCUUGGCAACGCCAUCGUCCUCGUCCUCUUCGCCAAGUCCGGCCACUCCUCUCCUUCCCCCGCCGCCGCUUCUCUGCCCGCCGGAGCCGGCGACAUCUACGACGAGUUCGUCGACCGCCAGAGACGGAUGAUGCAGUACCCGGCGGCGGAGGUGGUGUACGAGGACAAGAAGGUGUGCGUGGAGGGGCGAGCGUGCCACAGGAGCCCGUCGGAGAGAAUGGAAUGGGGUCCGAGGGCGCCGGAGUUCCGGCGGUCAGUCACGGAGGUCGAGAGUUCCAAGCAGCCGGUGGCGUCGGAGGAGGAUGCGGAGGAGUUCCGGCGUACGGUUGAGGCGUUUAUCGCGAAGCAGUUGAGGUUCCACCGGCAGGAGUCCAUGUCCAUGACCGUUGGCUCCUCCGCAGGAACAGCAGAACCGGAUAAAUAAAAAUAAUACCAGAAAUUAAACUUAGAAUGGAAAAAUCUCUCUGUUUUUUCCUUUUCUCGCUUAUAUUUCUCCAUAAAAUUUGUAAAAGCUGCAGAUUAUUCAGAGAGAGUUUCAUUUCGGAGAAAAAAUCCUUAUGUGGACAUCAUUGACCCGAGGAUGUUUUCGUAAUUUCAUAUUUU